UGUGUUUCUGUCGUUCCACACGUGGAGGAGGAGCGGAGCAGUGUCACUGACAAACAUGGCUGCAUGUAGUGUGGAGGAGCUGCUGGCAAAAGCGGAGCAGGAUGAAGCGGAGAAGCUGCGGAGCAUCUCCGUCCACAAAGCGCUGGACCUGGAGUUUGACGUCGGGAAUCUGCUGGCGUGCGACAAAAACCCCGUCGAGUCGCGGAGCUUCGGGGCGCAAAAGAAGGAGGACUUCCUGCGCUCGCUCGCUCGUGACAACACGCAACUGCUCAUCAACGAGGUCUGGAAACUGCCCACGGAGAGGGUCGAGCAGGUGAUUGUGGCUAAACUACCGGAGCCGACGACCCCGCUGCCCCGGGAGAAGCCGCCUCCGAAGGCCAAACCACCAACCAAGUGGGAGCAGUUCGCCAAACUGAAAGGCAUUCAGAAGAAGAAGAAGACCAACCUGGUGUGGGAUGAAACUGCUAAGGAGUGGAGGAGGCGCUGGGGCUACAAACGGGUCAAGGACGACACCAAGGAGUGGCUGAUUGAGGUGCCAGAGACUGCAGACCCGAAUGAGGACCAGUUCGCGAAACGCACCACAGCCAAGAAGGAGCGAGUGGCCAAGAACGAGCUGAACAGGCUGAGGAACAUCGCCAGAACGCAGAAGGGCAAAACGCCGGGCGUGGGCCUGAUCCCCACGGCACAGCCGUCCAAAGAUGAGCUGAACAGAGCCGUGAGCGUGGCCAAAACAUCCACAGCCUCCGCGGGGAGGUUCCAGGACCGGCUGCCCAAAGAGAAGGCGCCGAGGAACACUGGGAAGAAGAGGAAGUUUGAGCCGCUCAUUGGCGACUUCUCCAGCGAGAAGCACAAGCAGCUGGAGCUGCUGAAGCUCAUGGGCAGCAAGAGACCCAAGCUGGACGUGACCAAGGCUGUGAACAAGCAGAUGAGGGAGGAGGACAGAGAGGAGGCAGCAGCCAGGCACAGGAAGGGAGCCGGGAAGAAGGGACGCAAGGGAAACAUGUCAGGGAAAGGCAAAGGUGGGAAAGGUGGUAAAGGUGGUAAAGGAGGAGGUAAACCUGGUGGAAAACCAGGGGGUAAACCAGGAGGAAAGCCAGGAGGUAAAGCAGCAGCAGGAGGAGGAGGGAAGAGGAGAUCUAAGGCUGGGAAGCACUGAGAACUUUGUACCUGCUCUGUCCUGAUUCUUCUACAUCAUCAUCAUCAUAUAAACAUUCACGAUGCAAAAUACAAACUGACUGUUUGAUUCAACAACAGUAUCAAUGACUGUGUCCAUCAUGUCCAAGGCUCCACUGUGGAAAUUAACUUUACUGUACACGUGUGUCUCCUAUUAAUCCACAACACUGAGGCAAAUUAAAAUCAGAUUAUGUUUCCUUUUCUUAAUCUUAA